AUGACCACUGAAAUGACAAAUACAUUUACAGAGGUUAUAGAAACGAAAACCAAGUUUCUAUUGACCUAUAACCCUUCGAAAAUUACCAAUGAGAAUCAAACGGAAAUAUUACAAGAGUUCAUAGAUUGCAUUGAAACUUUACUUGGGUUACUGCAAGACAAGAACGACCAAUUAACUGACUCAUCAAGAUUGUUACUUACUGAUGCUCUUUCCAUAUGCAUGUUAAGAUCAACUCAAGUGAUUAAAAGUAAAAAAAUUGACUCUGAAACUUAUUUGAGAAAAAUUGAAACCAUCUUCGAUGAAGAUAAAUCGUCCUUCAUAUUGCAAUACAUUUUGGACUAUUGGAUUGAUGGUGGUUCUUCUUUAACUAAUGCCCUUACAGAUCUUUUCAAUAAGUUUCUAGUCAUCUUGAAUACAGUUUUCAAAAAUGAUCAAUCAAAUAAAUUUCUAUCCGAAUGGUUGAUUAAAAUCAUGGAUAUAUCAUCCUCAAUACCAAUUCGUUCUCAAUACCAACUAAUCAAUGCUCUCGCACCAAAAAUGAAUCUUUUUUUCAUCAUAUCGAGAAAACCAGAUUUCAUUGAUCAUUCUUUAUCUCUAAUAUCAUCCGCAUCUUUAAACAAUUUAGUUGGUAAAUGUUUAGCACAUUUUUUGAUUAAUAUUUUUGAACAGCACUUUCAUAAAGACCCGGCAUUGUUUGAUGAGUGGCUGAGUAUAUGGAGAAUGCCGAUGCUUAAAUAUUUAGAAGAUGAAGAAUAUACAGAAUCAAUAACUUUACAUUUAUUGACUCCAAUUUUCAAACAUUUUACCAAGGAAGAGUAUACUAAGUUUGUCUCAUGUCAGGAAAUCUCCACAAAUCCACGUUUAUUAUUAUCACUGUUAAGAACAGGUCAAAAGUCUGGUGUCAUAUCCGAAGCUCUUGGAUUAAUCGAUGGCUUCAAUUUUACAGUCGCUGAUCAACUUUUCAAAGAUUACGAUUUGAAGUUGCAAGUCUUCGAAGUAGUUACAUUUUCAAAUGCAAAAUCAAAGGAUAUAGACUUUAAUACUUUGAACUUAGUCUUUUCUAAUUUGAGAGUGUUUUUUUUUGAUGAACGAACUGAGGUAAGAACACAUUUUCUUAUCUCAUUAAGACGAUUCCUUUUGAGAUUGAGAGAUUCAACACUUGGUCUUAUUAGAGGUCUUAAUAAGAUGAACGUUUUAGAGCAAGCAGACUCAAGACAACGUGAACGUUUUUCCAUAUAUUUGCAAACUAUGGAAGGUUUAGUCCAUAGUCUAGUAAAUGAAAUUGAACCACUAUCGGCUUAUUCAAAUAAACAGUUAGCUUUGGAUAUUUAUAUAUUUUUAACAAAGUUGGGGUUUGAUAGCGAUGUUCCUUUAAAGUACAUUGACACACACAAUAGAGAUCUUCUUCCCUUUUCAGUUUCUCUGUACAAGGACCCACUUGUCAUAAGAUACUGGACCAAUAUAUUAAUUGGAAGUUUCCCAGAUCUUCGUGAAAAAGCCUCAUAUCUUUUGAAAGUACAGUUUGAAACCCACCAGGACAUAGCCCUACAUCUUCGUGAUGUGAUGGAUUUUACUUCUAUGUCACGCAAAGCUGAAAGGGAACUGGCUAACUACCAACGUUGUGAAUACUGGGCCUCCUUCUCAUCUUUCAUUUUUACAGUUGAAGAGAGGAGACUCGAUCUAUUGAAGUCGUACCAAGAUAAUCUUCUGAACGAAAUUAAAAGCUGUACCGAAGAUUAUAGCCGUAAUUUAGGGAAUAAACUAGGUGGCUAUUUUGCAACCAUUACAAAGAUGCUAACUAAUUUUCCUGAAAACUUCGACCCCUCUUAUCGAGACGAAUGUGUUCAACUUGGUAUUAUAUAUAAUAGAGAUUGUUGGAGCUUCCUUAAGGAAAUUGUUUGUCACGAUGCUUCUGAAAGUUUAUUACCAACGAAAUAUCUUGAUGCAGAAGUAUCUGAUCAAUAUAUUAUCAGUUACGCAUUUAAAGCUGUCAAGGAAUCUUCUGCAAUGUUAAACGUGCUUUUGUCAUCCUUUGAUAUCUCCAAUUCACAAUUGGAUAUAAUUGGGAAAUUCUUAAUUGAGCAGUUAACUACUCUUAAGCAUAGCGGGGCGUUCCAAGCAGUGUUACCAACAUUUAGAUCAUGGUGUAUUAAAUGUCGUAAAGAUAAUCCCAUAAAGCUAGACACAUAUUUGGAGGAGAUUAUCGAUUCAAUACAAGAGAGGAAGAAACAUAUAACAAGAAGGUCUGGUGGGUUACCUUUCCUCAUUACAAUAAUUUUGGGUACCGAAACAGAUAAAGGAAGACCACAAUUGAAGAUCACGUUUGGGAAGUUGAAGUCAAUUGCCCUGUUACCAAUAACAGAACAUCAGGAUAAAUUAGACCUUCCCCAAGUUAACGCAAUAAACUGUAUCCGUGCCAUCUUUAUCGAGUCCAAACUUGCAGAUGUAUGUCUACCAUAUAUAGAACAAGCAGCAGAGUUAGCUCUAAAGUUCUUUACAUCGCCUAUUUGGGCUAUGAGAAAUUGUUCUAUUAUGUUAUUUACUUCUUUGCAAAAUAGGAUGUUUGGUAAAAGUGAUAAGAAAAUGAAUGCCCGUCUUUUUUUCACUAAAUACCCAGGGUUGAGAGGAAUUCUACUGGAAACUUUUAAAGUAUCGAUGGACGAAACCUUACAGGAGGAUGGUAUUGAAGGAACUAAAGUUGAAAUUGUCUUUUUAGUCCUUAAUAUAUUAUUGAGGUUAGAACCAACUGCUGGUUACACAGGCCUAGAUGUGUUUAUGGAAUAUGUGGUUGCCUGUUUAAGUAACAAAAAUUGGAAAAUCAGGGACAUUGCUGCUAGAUCCCUUUCGUCAAUGACCGUCAAUGCUUUCGAACAAAUGGAAAAACUGUGCAUGGGUAUCACUUUGUCCAACCAGAAUAAGUUACAUGGAUGCUUACUGGGGAUGUAUUAUUUUAUUACAGAAAAUAUAGAAUUACAAUCUCAACAAGAUCAUUGUAAGCAUUUCCUAAGUAUUUUAUUGGAUCGUUUACCUGAAAUAGUUGCUGAUACAAAAGAUUUUGUGAUAAAUAACAAGUGCUAUGUGACUGUAAAAGCAUAUCUUGAGUUGGUUCAUGAGUUUUUAAAACAUAUUAACAAUGCGGAAGCAACUAAGUACCUUAAGCUCAGGGAAGUAUUAAAUUACUACUUUACAAAAGAAAACAAACUUUUUACAUUAGAUGGAAGUAAACAAUUAUGUUUAGCAAAAGUUUUUGAACUCCUUUUAAUUUAUGAAGUGGAAGAUAAUAUUGUUGGCACUUAUCUAUCUGGCUUGAAUUCACGUUUUUAUGAAGUCCAAAGAAUUGCUCUAGAAUACCUUUUAACGAAGGCAGAACCAACAGUUCUUAAAGAUACACUUGUUGAUGCUAUAACGAAAAUAUUUAAUAAUCACGAUAUGUUACCUGUCCUCAAAACCUUAUCGUUUAAAUUCCUAUCUACUUACCAUAGAAAUUUACCUCAAAAAAAGAUAUUGGAAUGUAUUUCCGGAAAAUCUAAUACAGACUUGAAAUUAGUUGCAAUUGAAGCACUGGGGGUAUCAUGUGAUCCAUCCUUAUUUAGGAACUCCGUAUGGGAAACUAUUAGAGUAUAUUCGAAAGAUGACACUCCUAUUGAUUUUAGGUUUGCAUACCUGAGAUGUAUUACUGUGCAAUAUUUGAAGCAAAAAUCACCAGGAUUAAUGCUGGAGAUUUUUAGAAUGACUUACGAUGAUGAUUGCGACAUUAGAAUGUUUGCAAGCAAUUUCAUUCAGAAGAACUUGUACAAUAGGACAGACUUGGAUAGUAAUAUUGAUCCAUUUUUCACAGCGCAAGAUUUUACUCAGUACUUUACUAAAGAGUUUCAUGAUUCUGUUACGGAAGAAUUACUAUUAAACAUGUUGAAAGAGUUUCUGAUGUCGUAUAAUCUGUUAGAGUGGGAUGUGGAAGCCCCUAAUGAAUUAUUUGAAGUCGAAAAAGACAAUCAAUAUAGAAAUGACGGUAUGUUUUACGGAAAGUGCGUUACAAUCCUAGGUGCUAUCAAUGCUGAACGGAGUACAAAGAAAGUUCAUCUACAACGUAUUAUAAAAGAGUUUGAGUUGGCAUUCAAUAACAAAAUUGACGAAGCAAAAAGAUUGACAGAGUUCUAUCAGAAUUCUAAUGUGAUUUCAAGAGUGAAAGUAUACUGGCUAAUGCUUAAUUUAAACGAAAAGCUUUAA